UUGUAAACAAACUGCUCGCACGUAAUCUGAUUGUCCGCACGCCAAAGAAAGUGAACCGAUCUUCGAAGCCCGGCAACAUGUUCCUUACCAAUCUUCUGCUGAAAAAGGCCAAGAGCAAGAAUGUCCUCGUGCUGAUGGAGAGUGCUGUUAGUGGCCACCAGUUCACCACCAUCCGGGAGCGUUUGGCGGAAAAAGUGGAAAUGUUGCGCUUCGACCCGUACAUUCAAAAAACCUCUCUGUAUCGAGAGCGUAAACGCUUGCGGAGCUUAAACUGAACUGGGGGACGUGGCGUGCUAGACAUCGUCGCAUUUGGUGCUGAUGCUGAUUGUUUGCUUUUUAGUCCUAGUUUAAAUAAAUAACUUAAACACAAAACUACAGGUACUCUUGCCACGUCCAGUGAUCUUCUGCAUGAAUACGUCAAUCGAAUCGAACGGCUGUUUUACGUACCUUCAUUCGUAGUUCCAGAAUUACUGCCUUGUCAUUCGUUUAGCCCGGCCAAAUUGUUUCCGGUUCCGUGCGAACGUGAUCGAGUUAGUUAAAGACCAUUCAAAGUAGGCUUUGAGCGAAACUAUUCACUAUGAGCCGGAGCCAUGAGAAUGAUUGUUUUCCGUUUACAGAAUCAUCAGUUACCUAUUGGUUCCAUAAUCCGCAUAGGAGAACGCAGAACGAAACGACAACUGAUUGACACCGCAGUGUUCAAAACUGGUUGAUAUUUGUUUUCCGUUGGGGUUUUUAUUGAUCAUUUUUUGUUUGUUUGCUUGACUAAAGAAUAAAAUACUUCAUGUCAUAAUGCAUAACUUUGGAGUUUCCUGCAGAUACUGCUCCUGUACACCUAUAUGGCCUUUCUUUGCUACGCUGCUUUUGUCACUUUUCACGGGCGUACGAUUUCGGUCGGGUUUGCU